AACACAGAGCAGCAUUUCCAGCGCAAGGAGAAGAGAGAAAAGUUCACUGCAGCAAUGGCAAGAACCAAGCAGACCGCUCGUAAAUCCACCGGUGGUAAAGCCCCGAGGAAGCAGCUCGCUACCAAAGCCGCCCGUAAGAGCGCUCCGGCCACCGGCGGCGUCAAGAAGCCCCAUCGUUACAGGCCCGGGACCGUGGCUCUCCGAGAGAUCCGCCGUUAUCAGAAGUCCACCGAGCUGCUGAUCCGCAAACUGCCCUUCCAGCGGCUGGUCAGAGAAAUCGCUCAGGACUUCAAGACGGAUCUGCGCUUCCAGAGCUCCGCUGUCAUGGCCCUGCAGGAGGCCAGCGAGGCUUAUUUGGUCGGUCUGUUUGAGGACACCAACCUGUGCGCCAUCCACGCCAAGAGGGUCACCAUCAUGCCCAAAGACAUUCAGCUGGCCCGCCGUAUCCGCGGAGAGCGCGCCUAAACCCGCAUCAGCCACAUCAAACCCCAAAGGCUCUUUUAAGAGCCACCAAAAUUACACUGAACGAGAUUAUUUCCAGUGCAACGCUUACUGUCAAUCGAAAAUUGUAUUAACACUAGCUGAUAUACCUCAAAUGACCAAUAAUAAUAAAAUGUAUGCGUAAAUAUUUGUUUUCAAGAAAUACAGAUUACUAAGUGUUUAAA